UACAGCUCUGUUUCUCUGUCUUCAACCAACAACCCGAAUUUUGUUGUGAUACGCGAACCAGUGUCCGAAUUCAACCACCGAAAUUUGAAUAACUUGGACCUAGCCAUCGAUCGAUAUCGAUAUCAAAUAGCCCCAAGAGGCGCGAAAUACAAGAUGGCGUCGGCUCGUGGACUCACCGCUGUUGGAGUCCCUCCAUUUCCAUCAUGGAUUCUCUACAUUCGGAUCGCCAUCCUCGUGCUGUCACUUGUUCUUCUGGGGGUUGCGGCGUGGGCUGUCUCGAUGUUUGCCGGAGGAGGGUCUGCGGCUUAUGGAUAUACGGGCGCUAGUGGGAUGAUGAUCUUUGUGACUAUUUGGAGUCUUGUUGUUUACGGCGGCUCCCUCGGGUUCCAGUUUGGAGCGCCACAUCUCUUCUAUCGCAUCGUCGGUCUUAUUCUUUACAGUCUCGCAGUGAUCUUCUGGCUUGUGGGCUGGGCAUAUGCGGCUAGCGAGGCAGCUGUCGCGCUUGACUGGUCUGGCUACUACUAUGGUGCAAUUCAUGACUAUGGCUCGGCUAUGGCUGUGUGCGCUGGUCUAGGUGCCGUUGCCUGGGUCCUGUCAAUCAUCGAUCUUGUCUUCUUCAUCCUCGCUUGCGUUCGCGAAGCUACGACGCCAAAGCUCAGCCAGGCCGAACUUGGACAAGUACAGCCAACCGCCUCCGUUGCGCCCGCCACUGCUAAUGAGCUUCCUCCGCAACCGGCAUAUUCGCAGCAGCCCUAUGCGACAUAAUAGACGGACGAAACG